UUCACAUUCAAUUCAGUCAGCCGACGAUUGUUGAACCCGACCGACGUGCGCGUAUCGUAGCUGGCUUGAUCCGCGGCUUUACUUGUUUAGCGUCAUCGCGCAAAUAUUAGGGUUUUGCUUUAUUUCUGUGGCGUAGUUUUUUUCGGUUCUGUGAAACUUUAAUCAAGAUCAGCAUUAAACAAGGUGCGUACAAAAUAAGUUGUAAAAUAAACGACAGGAGCCGCUGGAAAAGCCAAAAAAUAAACGUCUAGAUCAUAAAUUAAUCAAAACAUUGUUACAACAUAAACGAUUUUCGGACUCGGACUCUCUAUUUUUGCUGAGAGGGCAAAAUAAGUCAGUAAAAGAGGAGGCCAACAACAAAAUGUGCCGCUGCUGUCAAAACUGUUGGGAAGAUUUCUAUUGGAACUGCUUCGAGGAGCGUUUUUGCUACGACGAAUCGAUCGCCAACUACAAUCCCGAGGAGGACGAAGACUACUUGGAAUCCAGAAAGAAUGGCCAGAUUAUUGGGCGCAUUCAGCCUACAUCGACGGAUAAUAAUAAUUUGUUGACGGCGCCCCAGCCAAUUUGCGAUCAGCCGCAAAUGAGGCAAGGCAUCUCGAGCUUGGGCCUGAGCCUAAUGAGCGCCAAGAUUCACGAAGAGGACUAUCGGCGGGAGACUCAGAUCAAUGUGCCCAAUUUGGGACCGGAGAUAUUGGCGGUGUUUGCCAAUUCGCAGAUCUUCCAGGACCAUCAGCCCACCAAGCUAAACCGGAUCAGCACUAAGACCUAUCUAGCCGGGAUACAUUCGCCGCAUCGCGAGAUGCCAACGACUCCGAGACCCAGUGAUCAGGAUCGAUUGUUGCGACGUCUGGAAGGCGAUGAUACGGAUGCAAGAACAGGAUCGACGGACAAGCGAAUUACAUUCACUUUGGCGCCCAGUUCCGCUGAAUGCUCUCCUUCGGGAAGCCAAACGACCCUUACUCCCAAGAAAUUUGAAGCCAUUGCCGAAGAGGAGAAGGAGGAUGUAAAGGCCGAAGAGGAGGUAGUGCUGCGACCUAGACUGAUCGACCGCCAUCCCCACUUGUUGUCCAAUCCCAGCGUUCUUCGAUCCGCUAAAAGCGUUCCGCACAUGAAUGUACGAUCGUCGGCCAGCGAAACGGAUAUAUUCUCAAUUAGCGGCACCAUGACCGGAAGCAGCCAAAUCAGCAUGACGCCCGAGGUGCCCUCCAUAUCGUUCAACAAUCUGCCGAAAAACUACGAAGACACGCCCACCAUCGAAAAAUACAGGGUAUCACAGAGUCUUUAUUCCAUCCAGACGGCAAAUGCAGCUCGGGCCACCCAAGAUGAUUACUCGAUGCCACGCUAUUUCCGUCGAUCUGCCAUGCUUCUGACCCAGAGCUCCGAAGUUCUGCCGGGUUCCAGUUCAAUGGUCUCCAUGUCGCCAUCAAUCACCUCUUCUUCUGCUUCGCCGGGAUCGUCCAAGGACGAGCUGAGACGACCCGAGAAGGAGAAGAACAAACGACUCCAGAUGCUGCGCGGAAAUCUCCCGCCCCUGCUUAUCCACUCUGUGUCUUUCAAACGCAACCGUGACGAGGGAAAGCAAAUGCACUAGUUGCAUUCCCCAAAUAUGUGUAUAUUUUUAACCCCUUUGUCUAUGUUUACUGUUUAAAAUAUCUUAGCUUUUCGUUCUGCUCACGCGUUUUCUGUUUUAUGUUCUAAGCGAAGAUUUUGUCUAUCCAAUUCACUCAGUAUUCGGAUGAAGUAUAUUUUACGUUUGAUUACAAAAUAAAUUAUGUUUUACCCCC